CACGAGUUCAAUAGCCCAGUUACAGGAGCAACGCCCAGAGGUCAAUAGGGGCGAUAUAUAAGACGCGUCGCCGGGGCCACUGCUGUUGCCGCACUACUGAGUCUUACCUAAAUAUGGCCCACACACAGUUUCUGUAUGACCCAUUCACUGAAUUCGACCGUCUUUUUGACGAUGCGUUUACUUCACGCUUCCGGCCUGACUCCGACGAGGCUCGUCCUACAACAAUCCGCCCCAAGAUGGACCUGAUUGAGACAAAAGACAACCAGGUCGUGGCAAGGUUCGAACUCCCCGGCAUAGCACAGGGGGAGGUUAACGUUGAAGUGCAUAAUGACCGCCUGACCAUCUCGGGCGAGAAGAAAACCGAGACUGGAGAGGGUCGGUUUGCGGUGCGCGAGCGCUCUUUCGGACGUUUUGCUCGAACUCUGCAGCUCCCUGAGGGAACUAAGCCUGGACAAAUCCAGGCGAAUAUGAAGGAGGGCAUCCUUCGGGUCGCCUUCCCAAAGGCGCCUCCAGAGCAGGAGACAAAAACUAUCCCUAUCGAGGGACCACCCCCUGACAAGGGGAAAGGUAGCAAGAAAUAAAUCAAGUUUGGAGCAAUUGAGUCUGGAGAUCCAGUCGUGUACUCUUGAUGUACU